AUGGAGGGCAUUGUGGUUUCUUCUUCUUCAGCUUCUGUCUCUCAAGAAGCUUCCAGCCAUAACACUCAUGGACCCUUCGCGCAGCAGAGUCUAUUUUUUGCAGAUAGCCUCACGGAUUUGAAGAAUCUGAGAAAGCAGCUGUACUCAGCAGCAGAGUAUUUUGAGCUGUCUUACAGGAAAGAUUACCACAAACAGUUAGUGCUUGAUACUUUGAGAGAUUAUGCCAUCAAAGCUUUCGUCCAUACUGUGGAUCUGCUGGGCUUUAUAUCAAAUAAAGUAAACAGAUUCUUGGAUGAGAAGGUUGGUGAAGUUCUGAGGUCUGAGCUUCAGUUUUCUUGCAAUGAACAGCUUGCAGAUGCUGAGAUCAAAUAUGCUGCUGGUCAGGAGUUUCCAAAUGAUCCCAAGGGCAGUUUAUGUGCUGACAAUUACUUGCCUAGAUCUAAAAAUGCUAAUCCAGGGACAACCACAGAGAUCCCGACAAGAAAAGGGUAUUCUACCUUACCAUCUAGGCAGUACUCCAAUUCCAGAACCUUCUAUUUCGAAGGGACCAAACCAAACAAACAACUCGAGAGGAGAACCACCCCUCCAUCUCUCUUUCGACUCAAACGUUCUAAAUCUCUUGUUAGCAGAUCAACAGUUCUGAACUCUCUUACUACUGCAGAGGAGUGGUCUUCAGAGCCUCGGAGAUCAGUCUCAUUGUGCACAUGUGCCGAAGGAGAAAGGAGAAAGAAAACAAAUCAUACUCCCACAAGAGCAAGCAUCUUCUUAAAGCGCUACUUAGCAUGCACAACCCAAGGAAAAAACAUUGUUCUAAACAGAAAUCCAGACAGAAACCCAGAAGAGGACUGA